UAUUGGUGGCAGAAACCUUCAUCAUGAAGCUCUUAGUGGUGUUGCUAGCCUCAGUAGCAUUGUGCGCUGGUAGCGCAAUUCCAUUGGUGCCAGGAGAUAACAGCCAUUAUGUGGAAGGCGAGAGCCGUUACAUUUGGAUGCCUGAUGGUGAAGGAAAACCACAUCUUGUAGAUCUACAAGCUCCCGUCGAUGAGGAGUUUCUUCAAACCAGAAAUGGUGCUCGCAAUGAGUACUGGCUAUUCACGAGACGUAAUCCUAGCAACCGUCAAGUUUUGGUGAACGGCAACGCGAACUCAAUCCGUAACUCCAACUACAAUGGAAACCGCCCCACCAAGGUCAUCGUGCACGGAUGGAAUAGCGAUGGAAACACUGAAAUGAACCCCCUGAUCACAUCCGCUUUCCUUGCGGUCGCUGAUGUCAACGUUAUCAUCCUUGAUUGGAGAAGUUCUGCCGGUGGAAUCUACUCCACAUCCGUGAGAGCUGUUCCCGAUGUUGGCAGACAUCUUACAAAUUUCCUUAACUUUCUUUUCAAUACCGCUGGCGGCAACUGGAAUAAUGUCCACUUAAUCGGUCACAGCUUGGGCGCUCACGUAGUCGGUAAUGCCGGACGCGCUAGUGGUAACCGACCGGUCCGAGUUACUGGUAUGGAUCCAGCUGGACCACAAUGGGGUGGUAACUCAAAUGCUCUAAACCGCAACUCUGGUGUAUACGUUGAGUCUAUUCACACUAAUGGCGGACUCCUGGGUAUCAUGGACCCUAUUUCUGAUGCUGACUUCUAUCCUAAUGGAGGCAGAAAUCAACCCGGCUGUUCAAACAGCAUGUGCUCUCAUAGACGUGCCCCACAACUAUUCGCCUCUUCAAUCAGAAGUAACCACUUGGUAGGAAGACGGUGCAAUAACCUCAAUCAAGCCCAAAAUAACCAGUGCAGCGGAGCCACAUUAGUCCUCGGUACCAGCAACUUGGGAAAACGAGGACAAGGAUUAUACGGACUGCGAACGGGUAACAACUGGCCUUUUUAAGAUCGCGACAAAUAUUUAAGAAUUUUAUUGCUC